CGUUCUUUGAUUUUAGAUUUACGUGAAAAGUUUGCUGCCCUCUAUUUUGUUGAUUAUAGAAUAUUUCAAUGAGAAAUAAACUAAUAAAAGUGUCUAAAUAUACAAAAUAAAUGAAAAUUAUUUGAUUCUUUUGUAAGUGUUUAAGAAUAGAAAGUAUAAAGAAGUGAAAUCUUCAAUAAAAUUAGCCAAGAUUUGUCUACGUCUGUGUAUUGAGAAAAGUAAAGCAAAAAGUGUACAGGCAAAAGCAAUUUAUAAAAAAACAAAAUCAGUGCAAAAGCAAAAGCAAGUAAAAAAAGAACGCAAUCCCAACGUAGUAAGAAAAACGGAAUCUCGCAGUGUUGCUUACGUCGGCAUCGGCGUCAACGUCACGUAUUGUUUUUCGUUUUAUGUUGUAUUGUUGUUUUUGUUUUCGCACCAAGCGGAUGCGGUGGGCAGCUAGCAAAUACAAUACCUCGGCAGCAAUACCGAACAAGCAGAUUUAAACGAGAAAGUGCCCAAAAGAGGAGAACAAAAAUACACACACAUAAGUGCACAUACACACACACACUUGUGUAAGAAAAGAAGAAAAUACGAAAUCAAAUCAAAUUAAAUGGUUGAAUGUGAGGUGCUAUUUUUGUUGUACUCGUCUGUGGUGCAUUCACACUUUGGGUGUGCAACUGCUGUGUAGAAUAAAAGUAGCGGCAGUGGCAUCAAUAGCAACAACGACACAACAACACAUACUAUUAAGUGGUGUGUAGUGAGAGAAUAGCAGUUUGCUAUUCUUUAUUCUUUUUUGCUUUGAGUGUACAAACUCGGUGGGAGUAUGUGUGUGUGUGCAGCAGCAGCGAGCUGAAAAUCAGGCAAAUGAAAAUGAUUACGAAGCGGGCGGGCAAACACUGUCGACGACACUGAGGCUGCGGCAGUCAGUGUGGCGUUGUUGUUUAAUACAUUAAUAUCGUUAUAACGAAUUGGGCGCAAAUGUAAUUUCUUGCGCAUAGAAAUCACCACAAACUAUGCUUAAGUGUUGUGUGAGAAACGGAUAAAAUUUAUGGAAAUAUUAAAUGAAAAGUGCUUUAAAUUAAUGUGAAAUUUGUGCUAAAAUUGUUAUAAAAGAAAUAUACAAAAGCGAAGAAAUUGUGAAUAUAAUACAUUAUACUGAAAAUAAUAAACAAUCAGUGAGCAGCUUUAACUUGAUAACUGAAUCGUUUUGCCGUUUAAAGUGUGCAAUAAGUAUUUUAUUUCCUUAGAGGCAAAGCAAUUAUAGGAGCCAACAAUUAAGUGGUGCCGCUAUUGGAUAGAUGCUUACUGAACAGCUAAAAGCUAAAGAAAUGUCAUCCACAUCCCGUUUGUAAAUGAUUGAAGAAAUAUGUCAUAAUUCACUCACUUCAACCACUGUGAGAGAUUUUAAGCCUUGCGAUAUGGGCUACUAAAAUCUUUCCUUGAAUUAAGCAAAACAAAUUGGCGAAGUCAUUUCUAUAUAAACAGAAAAAUGCGAACCAACGCAUUUGAUUGUGAUUGCACAGAAAUGCAACUGCACCAAAAGCAACAAAAACAACAACAGUAUCAGAAUGUACAAAUUCAACGCCGAUCGGAGCAGACGCAUUUGUCGGUGCAUUGGUGCACAACGGAUGCGAAUACCGUGACUACCAACAACUACAAUAAACAUAACAAUAACAACAGCAAUGGCGAUAGCAGCACUGCGUGCAGCUGUAUUGAUUGGCAAGCAAAAUUCGCAAAACAGCGGCGAAGGAGCAAAAUGCCAAUUGCAGCGCAAAUAAAACAAGAAAAUAACAGUACUAAUUAUUGUAAUUUGCAUAAAAUCAAUCGACUACUACUAAUUGUCGCUGCCGUCGGUUUGUUGAUAACGCUAGCGGCAGCGACUGUGACAACAACUACAAGUACAACGCUCACUACUAGCAAGGCAAUAAUGAUAGGCGCUUUAACAACAGCGACAACAACAACGACAAGCAUAUUAGGCAGCAGCAACAGCAUGACAAUAACAAUGUUUGUGUUGCUAUCACCCGUGUCGCUAAUUGGUCACAUGCAAAGCAUAGUCGCAGCAGCAGCCGCCGUGCCCGCUUCAUUGCCGCUAUCCGCGCAGCAGCAACAACUACAAUUACAACAGCAGCAAUUAUUUGCGAUGCUAACAAAAAAUCGUCCAGGCAAAGCUGGCAAUGAGGUAAUGACUAGUGGUGGCGACGGUGGCGGUGGCGGUGGCGAUGAUGCCACAAUUGCAACCGCUUUAACUGCAGGAUUAGUGCCCAACCAUUUUCUAGCCGACGUUGAGGUGGAUCAAGCCGACACGUCAUUGGAAACAGCUGGCUUCGUGGCCGAUGAUGGUCAACGCUAUGAGAAGGCAGUGAAAGCACAGGCGACUGCGGUCAAUAGCAGAUCCGUUGGUGGUUUGGGCAAUGAUAGUAACGGUGGUGGGCGUUUAUUUGGCGUAGCCGCAACAUCCGCAUGUCCAAAAGAAUGCAAAUGCCUGGAUGCAUAUUUCGAUUGUGAUGAUAAGCAGCUGGAUCGUGUGCCUGCUUUGCCGGGCUACGUGCAAAGACUCGAUUUAGUGGGCAAUAAACUAAACAAUACGAGUGUGUUGCAAAUAAAUAAUCUAACGGAAUUAAUACAACUCACAUUGAAACGCAACCAACUGGAAAGUGUUCCCGUAUUCGUUGGACUCACCGCUUUGAAGCAGCUCAAUUUAGCUAAUAAUCGCAUACAGCGCAUCAGCAGCGCGGCAUUGGAAGCCUUACCGAAGUUGAAGACAUUAGAUUUGUCCAGAAACUUUUUGCAUGCCGUGGAGUCCAGUUAUUUUCCAAACAACAAUCGUUUGGCGCAUCUCAUACUUAACUCAAACGAGAUUAGCAGUAUUGAUGAGAACGCUUUUCAACAACUUGGUGACUUAUUAGACUUGGAAUUGAAUAACAAUCACUUAGUGAGCUUGCCCGGUGGGGUUUUCCGUACAUUGCAAAAAUUGCGAAAGCUCUCUUUGAACAACAACCAUUUAGAAAUCAAUUGGUCCACAUUUCGUGGACUCUCAGCGCUGCAAAAGCUGUUCCUCAAAUCUAAUAAUAUACGCACACUGCAAGAUGGCGUUUUCUAUGUGAUGCAUGCGAUAGAAACUAUCGAAUUGGAUCACAAUGGCAUCACCUCGCUUAGCCGUCAUGGCCUCUACAAUCUCACCAAAUUACAUCAUCUGAGUUUAUCGAAUAACUCCAUUUCGCGCAUUGAGUCGGACACCUGGGAGUUUACGCAAUCGCUCAUUUCGCUUGAUUUGUCGCACAAUAACAUCAGUGAAUUCAAACCGCAGCAUUUGGAUUGUCUCAAGCGCUUGCGUCACUUGAAUUUGGGUCAUAACAAAAUACAAUAUCUGGCCGAUAAUACUUUUGAUUGUGUGAAAAAUUUAGAGGAUCUGAAUUUACGGCGCAACAAACUCGCUUGGAUCAUCGAGGAUCCGGGCGCAACACCGGCCUUCAAGGUGCUGCGCAAGCUAAAGAAAUUGGAUCUGUAUGGCAACAACUUGAAGCAGAUCAUGAGUAAAUCGCUAAGCGGUCUAGGUAGUUUAGAGUCACUCAACUUGGGCGGCAAUGCCUUGGCCACCAUACAGUCUGGCGCAUUCGAUCAUAUGCCACACUUGCAAAAGCUGAGCUUUAAGUCGUUGAACUUCAUAUGUGACUGUGAGUUGACGUGGUUCCAACGUUGGUUGCGCCGCUACAAGCAAACGAGUAACGGCGCACAAGUGCAAUUGGAAAAUGCAGUUUGCGGCUAUCCGGAGGAAUUGUUCGAUCAUCAGCUGUUAGCUGUGAACAACAACGACUUGGCGUGCGUGAACUCGCCAAAGCCCACCAUCAUACAGGAACCAACUAGCCAACUCACUGUGCGCGGCGCGAACAUAACCAUGGAAUGCAUUGCCAUUUCACCAACGGCGGCAUCCUUAGCGGCCGCAGAUGAGCUGAAAAUUAAAUGGCGGCACGACAACCAAAAUAUACGUGAACGCGAACGUGGACACGCAUUCGCAGUUCAACACAAUGGUGCGGGCGGAAAUAGCGGCAGUUACAGCACAACGGAAACGCGCAUACGCCAAGAGGAAGGCACCAAUGAGACCACAGUUAUCGGUUAUUUGCGGCUGUACAAUGUCAGUUAUGCGAAUGCAGGGCGCUAUCAAUGUGUUGUCUCCAAUGCUUUUGGCACUACUUACUCGCAAAGAUUCAAAAUUUCCAUUGGAAUUCAUCCAACCUUUCUGCAAGUUCCCUCAAAUCUCACCAUAGAUUCGGGUGAAACAGCACGUUUGGUUUGCUCAGCGACCGGUGACCCAGUGCCGGAAAUUGCCUUACAAAAGUUCGGUGGCAGUGACUUUCCUGCCGCAACGGAGCGUCGUUUGCAAGUCAUACGCGAAGAGAAUGCAUUCGUAAUCACCAAUGCGAAACCGAUUGACACCGGCAUUUAUACAUGCACAGCUGAAAGCGCAGCGGGUGAAAUUAAGGUCAAUGCCACCUUAAUUGUUAAUGACAAACCGCAACCUGUUAUACCGAUUGUGCGAAAAGAGACUGUGGUGGGUGAGUCCAGUGUCCUGCAAUGCCUGAGCGAACUGGCAGCCGAUUUAAGUCAGCCACAUCGUGAAUGGUUCAAGGACAACAAACCUUUCCAUCUGGGCACACUGAGCGCCGAUACGGAGCGUUACUUUUUCACCUCCGAGCAUGAACUAUUGGUCAUUGUCAAUACGGAGUCGACAGACGCCGGACAUUAUCGCUGCGAGAUUAGUGACAACUCGAAGACGUACACCGUGCAAACAGAGCUGAUUGUGGUGAAGGAAGAACUAAGUCAAAAUAUGAUAUUUUUCGGUGUGGUCCUGGUUGCCGCGCUCUGCGUGCUAAUUAUUGCUUUGGUAAUAUUUGCAUUGUGUCUGCACCAGCGUCGUAAAGCAUUCAAACGGCGGCAGCGAGCGGCUUGCCAAAACGCUAAUAGCACAAGUGGCGCGCCAAGCGGUUUGCUUUCGGAUAGUGCGGGUCUGAUAGUUGGUGGCACGCGUAUCGCCUCGACCAGCACUCAGCUGCUGAGCGGCAGUCGUGGUAGCGCCUUAGAUCAAACGCAACUCACCACACUGAAUCGCACAUUAUUGCAUAAGACGCAAAUGGACGCACAGCGACAGCGGCCAAACAGUCUGGGUGAUUUUGAGGCAGAUGGUAAUGAGCGACAACAACAACACCAAAAUUUGAUUAUCACACACACACCCAAUUAUCAACAGCUAUUGCAGCAACAAGCUGCGGAUGAUAUUGACAACGAUGCCGAGCACUUUACCUUGUCGUACUUGAAACGCAUCUCGUUGGCCGACAACGCUGGCGUUGCCGCUGACCACAAUCAAGAUCAUCUGUCUAGUAAGGAUUCCGGCACUGGCUCUGACACGGCGGUUAAACGUAGCAUCGAUGAUUUCACAAUGACCGGUUUAGCGCCAACGGCAACAGGAAGCUUACAACGCACGACUGAUUGCGCCACAACACCGCUCAAUGGCGACAAGCCACAACUCGUGCGGCGAGUCAAUGUUUACCAAGACGACGGUUUAGGCGAUUCCUAUCCAACGGACGAUGGCGGCGAUUUGGACGACGCGGACUUGCUUUACGCGGCGACACAUGCACUGGGCGUUUCAGAGUGUGAUGUUGAGUUGCUGGAUUUCGAAAGACACCGAGCAGCUACGAUGCGCAUCGACGACCAGGCCGUACGCGGCGAAAUCGAAACCGAUCCAGACGCGGACACUGACACGACCAGUGAGCUUACACAGUUUCUACACCGUACCAAUAAUGCAAACAAUGACAAUGCAUGCGAGCAGCAGCGCUGCGCACGUUUACCAACGAAGUUGCACUUUCCUGCCAUCUACAAUGGCAAUAAUUUUGAUGGCGGAGGCGAAGUGCCAAAUAGUCGAAAUGCGUACAGUGGCAAUUGCAAAAAGAAUUUGACUACAGCAAAUGCCACAAGCACGGCGGCGCAUGCGCAAACCGUUGAUAUUUAACUUACGCAACUGAAACGAAAAAGCGAAAAGUUGUUGCAUAUACACGCCAGCGUAUAUGUUCAACCAGUGAUGAGUACACCAAAAAAUAAGACUGUAGUCCAUAAAAUUUAUAGUACACACACACACAUACAACCAUAACAAAUAUAUACAUACAUGUAGUCAUAGUGUUUGUUGGGAAAGUUGCAAAUGGUUGGAUGUAGUGCAUUGUCUAGCAAAGUAUCAUAUUGAUACCAGAAAUAUAUAUACUGUGCACUCCCAAGUGAAGUGGUCGAGUGUGCUCACAAAGUGUCAUAAGCGUAAACGUUCGCCGCAUUGUGUUGCGUUAUGCGAGUAGUACAAAUUUCUAUCGAAACUAAAUAAGUAAGCACGUCGAUAUGCCGCUGUGUUGCCAGGAAGUAGUGCACAACAGUGUAAAAGUCGCCAACUAGGCAAGUGGUAUAUUUGAAAAUGCCGACAGUUGUGACGUUUUUGUUUUUGUCUAAGUGUUUUGUUUGUUCUUUUUUUAUUUUUACGCUAAAUUAAUAGCAAUUUUUAUAUACAUAAAUAAGUUACAGCUAAACAUUUCAUUGUGAUAUUAUUUAUUACGCUAAUUUAAAUUAUUCUUUGCAUAAUUACAUAUUAAAUAACUUAUAUACUAUAUACUAUGAAAAAAAAUGGCUAUAGACAUUGUAUGCAAAUCACUAUUACAACAAUAAAAUAACGCUAAUACUUACUAUUAGUAGCUAGCAUAGUUAAUUUUAAGCAUAAACGUAUAGAAACUAGUUUGUUAAGUUGAAAGUUAUGCCAAACCACCUAAUUAAUUGCACGCAUUGUAUGCAUUGCUUUAAGAAAGUAAACAUAAUUUUAGGCGGAGUAGCACAUAUGUCUAAGCGAACCACCUAACUACAGUUUAACUAUUUAUAUGCAAGCAAGCUUUGAAUUACACUACAAUACUAGUAUUUUUGCGCCAGCGAAAAAUUUAAAAUUAAAUAGUGUGCGAAGAGUUGAUUUACAACUUAUUAAAGGGUUAGAGGUAGUCAGAGACACAAAAAAAUGCGAAUUUUCAGUAAUUUUUUUUUGUUUGUAAUAUGGCAUUAUUACUUUGUGAAUUGAAGUCACGAAAAUUUGAAAAAAAAAAUUGCAUUAAGUCUACAUCUUUGCUUCCGCCGUUUUUUUUUUGUUGUAAAUUUAAGGCCUUUUUCACUUAGGACAGCCUCACCGUACGUAUCCGAAAGCAUUCGAUGAACCUCAGCCGCACUUUUCGUGGAAUUAAAAAAGAAAAGCAAAAUUUUCCGCAAAUGUCGAAAAUUCGGCUCAAAAAGUGACAUUUUCAGUUGCGAAUAAGUUUGGGAUGCAAACAGAUCUCUACAAAUAUUUUGUUGGGUUUAUGUUGACACAAAUGUUCAAGAUCGAUAUAAAAAAAAUCGAUUUAAUCGACCUGUGCUUGACCCUAGAGACAUUCUCGCAAAUGUCGAAAAUUCGGCUCAAAAAGUGACAUUUUCAGUUGAGAAUAAGUUUGGGAUGCAAACAGAUCUCUACAAAUAUUUUGUUGGGUUUAUGUUGACACAAAUGUUCAAGAUCGAUAUAAAAAAAAUCGAUUUAAUCGACCUGUGCUUGACCCUACAGACAUCUAUUGGAAAACGGCGGAGGCAAAGUUGUAGACCUAAUAAUAUUCAAAGUUCCAAAAAAUCUAAAAUCGAUCGUAUAAAAAAAAAAUAGUUUUAUAUACAAAUAAUCCUGAGACUGAUCGAAGCUUAAUCGAUAUAAAAUCAAUCGAAUAACAAAAAUUUGUUUUAUAAAUAAAUAAUCCUGAGACUGGUCGAAGCAUUUUUGUUUUUUUCUAAAUUUUCGAGAAAAAAUCAAUUGGUCUUAAAAAAUCGAAAUUUUUGAAAAAAGAAAAAGCUUUGAUCAGGCCCAGAAUCCGCUGUAUAAAUUUCAUUAAAAUCUACUGAGCGGUUUUCGAUUUACAGUUGUCAGCAGUACAAAAAAACAUAGUUUUGAGAAAAACGCAUUUAAAGUUUCACACUAGCGUUUUGGUGUGCCCGAGCGCUCUUUGUUAUUUGUCGAAUAACUCGAAAAGUAAUUAUCGGAUCAACUGCAAAUUUUCAGAGAAUAUUUUGAAGAUAUUACCUUAAACGGAAAUGCAAAAAAAUUUGAAAAUUGAUUUUUUGAAAAUCGUGACUACCCCUAGCCUCUUAAAUGCACAUGUAUACAAUGGGAUUUUGUUGACAAAUAAACUAAGAUUUUUUAAUACAUAUAUUCAUACUAAACAGUAUUUGUUAUUGCUGUAGCGCUAUUUAUAACUACUAAAAGCGCAAUUUAAUAAUUAAAUAUUGAAUUUUUUUUAUUUUUAUUUUUUUGUUUUGGUUGAAAACUACUAGAUUUUAUAUGACUUAAAAUGCGUUCGUGAAAAAAUAUUCGAAAAUGAAUUAAUCCAAAAUUAAUUUGUCAAAAGCAAAAAGAAAAAACAAAUCGGCCCACCUUGUAUUAAGUUAAAUGUUAUGCCAAACCAUCUUCUAUUCAAGAAAGUUAAAUCACUCACCCCGCACACUAUUAGUAAACGAAAAACAAAAUGUAUUAUUUUGCAAACCCUCCGAUAUUUAUACACAGCGAAUUACAUAAAUACUUUAUAAACAAUAAUGACUAAUGCUUAGUUAUA